CUGACAUACAGAGAAAGAGGCUUAUUGCAAUGUGUAUGUGGGUGGAAAUCAGCAGCAACAGCUCACAGACCUGAGGCAAGGGAAGCCCACAGAAAAUCAGCAAAUGAGCUAGACAGAGAGGAAGAGGGACAUGAGAGAGGCGGAUAGAUUGUAGACACUGGCUACAGGAAUAGACAGAGAGCAGGGAGACCAGGAUAUAGCAGGACACAGAUUAUGGCAAAGAAUCAAUUUAAUUUAUAGAUCAGAACCAAAGAGAUAUAACAUAGUACAAUAAUACAGCAGCUGAAUCAUUUGUACAUUUUCCUGAGAAAGUUUCUGUUCCACACUUCUGGGGAUACUGUGCCUGUACUAUACAAAAUAACCCCACUACAUGGCGGAGAGGGCUGGCAGAUCAGACGACCUGAAGAGGGCAUCCAAAGCAAGGCAAGGUCAUUGCAGACACAUCUUCACUUCCACGUACCCUGGGUGAGCUGCAACUAUAUCGCGUCUUGCAACGAGCCAACUUACUAGGUUACUAUGAUACCUUUAUCCAACAGGGUGGUGAUGAUGUGCAGCAACUAUGUGAAGCUGGGGAAGAUGAAUUCUUGGAGAUUAUGUCCUUGGUUGGCAUGGCAACAAAGCCUCUGCAUGUCCGACGACUGCAGAAGGCUUUAAGAGAUUGGGCUACUAAUCCAGGACUGUUCAACCAGCCAACUUUGGGCAGUGUCCCUCUUAGUGGCAGUAUACCCUUGUUCAAGAUAUCCGAGACACUGGGUAGAGUAGGGCGGCAGUCUAAUGGCCAUCUCUGUAGCUCUGAAACCUUGAGCAAAGGUGUUGGAGGUUUUGGCUUACCAGAGCAGCAAGAACAUCAUGAGAAGAGAUCUCCACCACAGUUGGACAACAGACCAUGGGCGGUUCAAGUGUCUCCAGAUCAAAAUGAAGGAGAUGAUGAGGAUGUUGAUGAGGAAGAGGAUGGAAGAGGAACGCAAUAUGCCACAACAGGGGAAAGACUAGACCAUGACAUGGUGCAGGUGAUAUCAGACAGUGUUGAGAGGUUGAUGAAAGGUCUGCCCCGGGGGGAUGUGACUGAGGCACGAUCCAUGCUAAAGAUAAACAAGAAAUUGGGGCGAUCACUGGGACAUAUUUUUCACAUGGCAGAUGGAGGCCAGAGAAAGGAACGAGAAAUACGUAGGCACAGUGCUAUCUAUGGAAGAAGUGACUCAAAGAGACGGGAAGGAAAGAGACUCACACUGCACGAGCUAACCAUAAAUGAGGCAGCAGCGCAGUGCUGUAUGAGGGAUAAUACUCUGCUGCUGCGGAGGGUGGAGCUCUUCUCACUAGCAAGGCAGGCUGCUCGGGAGAGCUCUUACUUGGCGUCUCUGAAAUGCUCCAGGUUAAACCCUGAAGAAACAGGUGUGCGACAAACAAAAAUACUGAAGCAAGAGGCUGUGGAGGCAUCAAUGCAAGGUGAAUCAGAGAGUGUAACCACAUCAGUGCGACACAGCUUAGAAGAGGACAGUGGCAGCAUUUCAGGGGAGAGCAUGGAUGGGCAUUUGCAAGCUGUGACAGUAAGAAUACCCACCUCCCCUGGAGCUCCCCCUACAGACCUAUCUCUUGCUCUACCACAUCCAGCUCCUUGGAGUAGACAACUUCUGCAGCAGACUCUAAUGGACGAAGGUUUACGACUGGCCAGGCUUGUGUCACGUGACAGAUUGGGCCGCCUCAGUCUCUGUGUGCCUGGUACACCUCACAUUUCAGAAUGUGAUGAUGGUGGUUCAGAAAGUUGCUCAAGUCUACCAGUGUCACCACAGAUUGCAGACCUGCGUUCCGGGAGCUGCAAGGAGCAGGACUGAGGCAGAUGGGAAGGCAAGCCAAGGUCAUUUUAAGGAUUUGAAGUAACAUAAUAGAGCUGUAGAAGUUCUACAUUCCCUAACGUAGAGCCAUUUAGGACAUUGAGCCAUCUUUCAGUAAUAAAAUCCUACUACCUUAAAUAGCCUCUUUAUUAACUAUAGCUGUUUACCAAGAAUGUAUAAUAGUUGGAUAUCAUACAACAGCAUGGUUGUAAUACUAAAUAGUGUUGGAAAUUAAUUGAAUUUAAAUCUAAUGUAAUGCAAACGGUUACGAACCUAUUGUUUUUAGCUGCGAUUGUAAUGGUUAUUGUAUUAUCACUCACUAAAGCUCAUUUACGAACCACAAAAUGUAAAAACUGCAGUGCUAAUGCUCCUUUGUGCCAAUACAAACAGUUGUGCAGGGAAAUGCAUGGAUCUGACGCUGGCAGCAGCGACUGGGAGGACCAAGUGUAUUCCAUGAUCAUUGUGGAUUAUGUGCAGCACUGUGGCUCAUACGGGAUUUCAUUAUGCCAGAUGGAUUUAUGUAAAUUAUAUAAAGGACUAGAGAAUGUGGGAUGUUCCCUGCUUUGUCACAUGGCCUUCUCUCAAAAGGCUGUGGAUUCUUCACAGCCCAUGAGGCCCAGGAGAUCAGGUCUUGUCCCUAUAUAAUGGAAAGCAUUGUGCAUCAUCUUCUAUUUGCACUGCUGCAGGAUAGUCCAUUUCUACCUGUACUUCCAGUACUGUAAUUGAAGUGACACCACUGGGUGCAAAUUGCUUUUUUCUCUACUUCCAAAAACUAUAAUUUGGGUGUACAGUACACCUUAAAAUGCUCUGGGCAGGUAAAUAGGAACAGUUGCAAAUAUAAGUAUUGCAGGUCUGCAGGUUUUAUGUUUCAUAAAUCAACCCUCCAGUUUUGGGACUGUCCUUAUUUGUGGGGACUGUUCCAAUUUGGAAGAGGUUUUGCUGCACGCAAUGGAGGCAGUUGCCUCUACUGUUUGUUGGGCUCAGGGGAAUGAGGCCACGUCCACUACCAUAGUGUGUCAUAGGCACGCCUCUUUCACAUCUACAGUUGUUGGGAGGUAAAAGCCUUUGCCAACUAUAUAUAACCUCUAACCUUUUAUAUUGGCUGCCCAAAGUUAAAAUGUCAGUCAACAUAGGAUGCAUGUUGUGAGACGAUAAAAUGGCAACACAUGCUAGGGGAGCCAGCAGCUGGUUUAGAAAUUAUAUAAAGUAUAAUGUGAUUCCUAUAGCAUUAUUCACUGCCUCUACAGUUUUGGUCUCAGUUCCCAAGUAAUGAACUAAACAAUUGUUAUCUGUAAGAUAACUAUAUAUCUUACAGAUAACUGUGACACUAAACAUGGCUCAGUAGAAGGGCAAGCACUGUUUACAGUAUCAGGACUAAAUAGAUAAUAACAUGUGACAGUAAUUCUGACCACAUUGCAGUGGACAGCUUGAGGAAAUGUGGAAAUCUCUUGAAUUUCUGCAUGUGAAAUUUUUUAGAAGCAAUUGGAACUUGAUAACCUUCAAAAACCAAGUAUUGUACGGCCUAUUGUCAGGACCAUCUUUUCAUAUGGGCUCAAUGGGCAGUUUCCCAAAUGCCCAGGAAUAUAAGGGACCGAGGCUAAUAGCUGAGGGUCCCCAUUUUCCAGGUGUAUCACAUUUUAGAACAUUGUUCCUGGGGAACCAGAGAUAAUCCGACUUCAAAGCAGAGGUCCCCAUCUGAGCCUGUUAAUUGCUCUUCCCUGCCCGAUAUCUUGGGUUCUGUCUAACUUAAGAGUUCUACUGAGGGUAUACUCCAAAAGCUGGGACGCUCCACUUUUGGUGGACACUGGUAGCUUGUCUCUUGUGUGCCUAGAACCAGAGCUAUCAGCCUUGCAGCAGUUGGUCCCUGCUCCACAUGCCUGGUAUGCAGUUUUAUAUUUUCAUUAGUGGAUUGCUCUGGCUCCUAAACUCUGAUCCUCAAGUCCCCGGUACCUCCUGAAAGGUGGGACUCUCUAGUAUUUUAUCCAUUUGAAAGCUAAGAAAUCUAUUUCCAGGAACUGGAGAUAUCUGCAGUCAAGCAGAUGCCCUCCCACCGGAAAAUUAUGAACAUUAGGACCACUCCAAUAUCCACCCACCUCCCCUGCAUAUUAACCCCCCCCUACCACCCUGGAAGUCAUGUACCAUGGCCCCUUCAUUCAGCCCAAUGCCCCCUUCUAUAGUUUAGUGUUCUGCCUCCUGCCUCAUCUCCCACGAUCUGUGCAGUUAAGGAGCAAUUACCAGAAAUUACUGCUCCAGGUCCUAGCACCUACCUACCACCCGUAGGACAUCAAAGUUUCUGCUGAUAGCACCAACCACCCCUACCGCUGGAGGAUGGGUAGGGGCUCCAGUGCAUUGCUUUGCAACAGGGGCCUAUACUGCUGUUAAGAAGGCCCUGCUUAUUGUUGCAGCAGUACGGCUGCAGAAUAUACCUGCAAUUGGCAGGUUGGAGAUUUUUUUUAUUUCAUGGAAUCUCUAAACAGUGCAGAAAGGACCUCUCUAUAGACUCUAUACAUGCUAUGAACUUAAGCUUUGUCAGUUUAUGUAUAAUCUAAAUCUCAGCUUGAGCCUGUGACAUUAAGGGAUGUCAUUAUUAACAUACAGUAGGCCACAUUUUCCCUUUACUCAUCCCUGCACAUGGUUGAGUCAGUAAGGCUGUGCAUAUCCAGUAAUCAUUUUAACUGUAUUUAGUACUUUGCCUAAGAGAGAUGGAGUCAUGCCAGUAUAUCUUUGUAGUAUUGCGUAGCCAUUGGUAAGUGUACAGAACAUCAUCUCUGGAUGGUCUACUCUAGAACACUGAAGACCAUUUCUUGCCUUUAUUGCACCAGUCAGAUGAAUUUAUUUUUUAUUUUUGCAGUUGCCAGGCUAUGGGGACAUGUAAACAUAGAAAACAAAGGGGCUGCUUGAGAAAUGAUUGAUUUCUCUGCAGUAACCCUUAUAGAUCCCUUAUUGGCCUAUUCAUUAUACUUAAUAGGCCCAUUACACUUGCAGAAAAACUAGUUUCCCUAUGUUUUAAGUAAUUGGGCAAUUCAUUAUUAGGAACUCAACGGGGCCGCCUAGCAUUCAGCAAACUCUGAAAAGUGAAAGUUUGAGGAGUGUGCUCACAUGAACCAUCGUCAUCUUUCUUUGGGAAGGAGGUAUAGGGUUGCCGAGAGAGAUACGACCGGAUUCUUCCACCCUUGUUUGGAUCUCUCCGUAGGAUGUCAGGAUCUUCGUGCACAUGUCUGAAUCCAAGUUAACGCAUGUGCACUAACACUGCUGAGUCAGACUACAGAAGUAGCAGUGAUAGAGAUUGUAGGGACAGCAGAUUUUUGGUUGCAUUGCUCCGGUGUUUUAGUAUCCACCGCUGCUACUUGCAGCAAGUUGGAUACUUAAUUAGGCCCCUAAUUGACUAGGCCCCUAAUUCUUACAAUUGUUUGAAUCACAUGAUGUUUACUUAUUUUAGUCUUGAUACUGUAAAGAUGCAUACACACGGUGAGAUUCGGGCUAACCCCGAUUCUCACUAUGCGAUAGGGGCUCGGUUGGUAUCGCAAGCACAUAAUGACUGUGCUUGUGAUACUGACUAUGUGCGAUUUUGGCUAAUUGUCAUUAUUCACUAGCUUUUCUACGAGAUAGUCAAAAUUGACUUGCCUGCACAGUCUAUCUAGGCUUGCGAUGCUGACCGCGCGGGGCCGCGCAUCGGCAUCGCAUUGGGAUCGCAAGGUGACUUUCACUUUGCGAUCUGCACUAACUUUUCUUAAGAUUUUGACUAUAUAGUCAAAAUCGUAAGAAAAAAGUCUCACCGUGUGUACACACCCUAACUGUUGCACAAUCUCUGUGUCUACUGAAUUGUAUUUUGCUUUUAUUUUCAUACAACAUAUAAUUCCUAAAAUUACAUUUCUGUUUACUUUGAAUGUAUGCCCAAAUCUACAUUUUCCUUAUUAUCUGAUUAUAUGUGUUUAUUUUACUACUUGGCAGUCCAUAGCUGUAGUGAGUGCCAUAACAAGGGGCAUGUGGCGGGCACCACCCCUCAGGGCAUAAAGCCAAGUUGGUGGCACUGUGGCACAGCUGCCCAUUAAUGCUCCCUCCUGCCUGCCUGCAUGCAUAUAGUGGACGGAGGGGGUAAUAUUAGUGGUGUCAGAGAGAAUGGGGAUGGCUGGAACUCUGAAAGGCAUGGGUACAGGUGUGGCUGUGCCUACUUAUUUUUUCCCCUUUCAUUAAUAGAAAUAAGAAAUGCAGUUAUCUGGAAGUGUCAUUUGUUCAGUUCAGUCUAAUUCCACUUAUUGUGAACCUCUCAGACUGAUACUAUUUGUUACAAAGCAAUAAACUGACUUUAUAUUCUGCCUGCAAUAAACGAUCAGAGUAUUCUUAUCAACACUGCUGUCACUUCUCCAUGGAAGAACAAGAGAGGGAGAAUCCAUUUGCUGGUUUGGAUAAAGCCAGCCUGUAAAAAUAUAACGUUUUCAAUAGUUAGUGAAAGUGUUUUAAGCUUAUUUGCUCACUAGCUUCGAAAUCACAUAAGCUUUUGUUCUACUAGUAUACAGUUAACUAUAGAAGUAGCUCAGUGUAUAAGAAGAAUAUUACUUUACAUUCCAGCAGGAACGUUUAAAUUCAUUAGAUAGCUAUUUAUUGUCAUUAAUUAUAAAGUGUUCCUCGGUUGCCUUUAUUAUAUAUUGUUUUAUGUUAUUACACAGUGACACUGCCUAGAACUUUAAUGAAUAUUGUAAUCAAUGUUGUAGUCUUACAUUAACUUUAGUAGGGUGUAUUGUCAUAUUAAUGUACGUAUAGAUACUGUAUGUCAACUCUUGUUAGUGGUUUUGUUAUCUGUCUGUAAUAUGGUGUCUUGCCCUUCCUUUGAUGUCAGAACAGCUAUGUUAACUCCGAAAAUCAUUCAGAAUUUACUCACUGCAUGCUGUCAUAUUCCUGUGAGAGUCUGUCCCUUACCCCAAGUUACUGUAUCAAUAAGUGUGCUACUUUGCUGGUAGUGGUAUAAGUUACAGAAGAUUUAUUGUUUCCAUUGCACCUUAAAAUAUCAAACUUAAAAAACAUAUAGACAAUCACAGCAAAGAAUCCAUCUGUUAUAGAUUUAGCUGAGCUAUCAGUAGAUGUAAUGCAGUAUAGACCACUUCUUGUUCAUCAUGACAGCCCACUGGACUGUAGAAUGAUGGUACAGUAUAUACGUCACUUUAGCUAUAAUUCUAAAUAUGUAAAUAGACGUCUCUGCAUAGGAUGGUAAAAUGGAGUUUAAAAAUGAUUUCGGUUUUGACUACACUUCACUAUCACUCACUGCCGCUGAAAGGGGGAGGGGAGCAGCAGCAGUCUCUUCUGCCUGUGCAGGGGUUAGGGGGAAAGCGAUCAAACUUCACGGCGCUGAAUAGAUUUAUCUCCCCCGUCACUUGCAUAAGGGGGUGUGAUCACGCCUCCCAUGAUUAUGCUAUGUCUCUGAACCCAUACCUGGGUCCACCAUAGCUCUCAGCACCUCAUAUCAUGUGCUUCAAUCAUGAAAAUGUGUUUCUAUCAGCCAGACCAUUACUAAAUUAACAUAUUUUCCUUUUUAAAUGUCCCUCGAAAUAAAGCAGACGGAGGAUUUUCAUAGGGGACAGUGGAGGAGUUUGCCUCUGGGCAUCAGCCCUGAAAGAGUACCUCAGACAUCAGACAGGUAUACCAUAUAGGAGAUAGGGACGUGCGGUGAGCAAAAUGGCUCAGGAGGCACUGGCUCACCAGAGCCAGAUUUACACACAAUAUAUGAGCCAAUGGAUACAUCUGGGCAUUAUACACAGGUGUAGCAUUAUAAACUCCUUAAUAUUUGGUGAGUUUUGAUCACAGAUCUGCAGAAAAGAUAGGCAGUGCCUCCCCUGCCAUAGACUUUUUAGCUAUAAAAAUGAUUAGAAUAAUACAAAGAAGAUAUUUCAAACAUAUUCUUUGUAUUUUUCAUAUACUUUAUACAGUUAAAACUCUGGCACAAACGUUAGUAUGACAGGAAAGGCUCUGCCUCAUCCCACCGCACGUCACCGAGAUACACAUGUAAAGGGCUCAGUUGGCCAAUGGACUUGGUAUCCUUGAUGAUGGCAUCUGUAAACUGAGACAGACAGAGAGUUGUGACUGGGAGCAUCUGCAUAAGAAGACCUGAAUUAAGUAGGAGCACAUUGGCUUGUGUUUCCCUUUCUCAUGGAUUUCCUCCUCCGACUGACCAGAUGCAUGCACUGUGUAGCCCAGUGAUGGCUAACCUUGACACUCCAGCUGUUGUUGAACUACAUAUCCCAGCAUGCCCUGCUACAGUUUUCUUUGUUGGCCAUGCUAAAACUGAUGCAGGGCAUGCUGGGAUGUGUAGUUCAACAACAGCUGGAGUGUCAAGGUUAGCCAUCACUGGUGUUGCCCCUCCUCCCUCAGCUAUGGUGGGACCUGUUACUGUGUACUGCACAGCCUGGACAGAAAACAAUGGGCCUGAUUCCAAGCUGGGUAUAAGCAGGAAAUAGCAAGUACUGUAACUGUGUACCUGGACAAACCAUGCUGCAAUGCAAGGGGUGUAAAUACAUACUUUUUUUUAUUUUUGCAUGCAGGGUAAAUACUGACUGCUUUUCCAUGUAGCCCACAAAUGUUGGAUAGUUUUUUUUUACACUUCAAUUUAGAUUCCAGUUUGGACUCAGCCAUCUCACAUGUAAAUCUCUCUGCACAAUUUAAAUGUGGCUCACCUGCAGUGCAACAUGGUUUUUUCCAAGGUGCACAGUUACUUGCUGUUACUUACUUAAUCCCCCACUCAGAAGCAGGCCCAAUGUGAGUACAGAAAUCUCUCCCACUGAUGCAACUCUCUGCUCCCUUCACUUGGUGUCUCACACUUUUUACAGCAUUUGCAGUUUUGUAUAUAUAUUUGUCUCCCUAUGUGUGCCUCCACCCAUUUCCCAUAUUAGCCUCUGCCCCCCUAUGUGUGCCUCUGCCACACUUCACUACCCCAAGCCAAGCCCUCACCAACCCACGGGUCACAAUUACAUAUAUGCACAGGAAUAUGAUACAAAACACUUGGUUACAUUAGAGACACUAAGGUAUUCCAGGCUGUGUAGUCUCAGACCUAGGAUGAUUUCAUUGGUUAUAAACUACUAGUGUACCGGUGACAAACUAUUAGCGUUAAAUAAAACAAUGCUUAGGGUGAGAUUCAAAUGACAUAUCACGCCCAAUUUCCUUCUAAAAUGAUCUCCGUUAUUGCGCAUAUUGCGCCCAUAGUGAUCAGGUUUAGCUGUGUAAAGGGUUGGGUGCCUCCAUACUCCGGAGGUAGCAAGCUGAAAUAAUGAUACCACACCCCUGAGGGCAGAAACAGAAUGGGUGUGAAAAGGGUGAAAAGAAUUGAAUCUCCCCCUUAAUGUGUUUCUUUUGUGUGAAGUAGGGAAUCCGCACAACCGGGAAAGCACAGCACUCUGUGCCACCAGUCAUAUUCCUUACUUGCACCUGCGUCCCUCCAACUCCUCCUGAAAUUCAUCCACUUACCACUACGAUUAUCUGCUCUCAGUGAAAUAAUUGAUGAAUGGGGUUUCUUAAACAUCGAUUGAUAAAACCAGCUCAGGUACAGUAACUGCAAUAGUAAGUUAGAUGGGAAAUCAAAGCGCAUCCAGCAUUAGGGAUUAUAUUGGAGUAUCGGUAAACUGAAUUUCUUUUAUUGGAGGUAGGUUAAAUAUAAGGGGCAGUAAAAGUUGCCCACAUACAGUAUGGGAUGACUCUGCCUCAUUACCAGACCACACAAGGGGCCCUAUCAGUAUGAUCAGCACAUUGCCAUGCACCCAGGCCAAUAUCAGUCAACUUCCAGCCACAUUUACCAAACUGGCAAAUAAAUAUCAGAUUGAUUCCUAUUGGAUUACUAUCAGGCAUCCCGCUGAUUCGGGGAAUAUGACAUGUGGCUAUAUUGGCCUGUAUCAUAAAGUGUGAAUCUCAAGGAUGAAAGAGAGAGAUAACAACCCACUUAAAUAGAUAAUGGAGUUCAGUUGCAUAAUUGCAUUACAGGUUGAGUAUCCCAUUUCCAAAUAUUCCGAAAUAUGGAAUUUUUUGAGCGAGACUGAGAUAGUGGAACCUUUGUUUUUUGAUGGCUCCAUGUACACAAACUUUGUUUAAUGCACAAAGUUAUUAAAAAUAUUGUAUUAAAGGACCUUCAGGCUGUGUGUAUAAGGUGUAUAUGAAACAUAAAUGCAUUCUGUGCUUAGACCUGGUUCCCAUCGCCAUGAUAUCUCAUUAUGGUAUGCAAUUAUUCCAAACUACGUAAAAAUCCGAUAUCCAAAAUACUUGUGGUCCCAAGCAUUUUGGAUAUGGGAUACUCAACCUGUACUUAGUGUUUCAGUCAUAGGAUAAUAAUUAUUUAUGGUUUCUUAAAUUAAAAAUGCACAAUAGACCAGCAACAUAAUUAGGCAUUAAUAAGUAAUGUAAGUAGCUUAAGAAUCAUUGAUAUAUGUACAUUAGGCGAGUUGCAUUCCUUUCCUGUGUGUCCCAGACGUGCUCUCGUUUCUCUAAAGGGGGGUACUCACGGAGCGAUAUUCUAAGCAAUCUCACUAGAUUGCUUAGAAUUUAAGCAGGAUCGCUCCGUGUUUACCCCAUACAGCGAUAGCGAUGCGCGGGGCUAUCGCUGCUGCUAGAUUGGCACAGAUCACGCUGGAAAGCAGUACCAUCAGGAACAUAUUCACAAACUGGAAACUGGUGCUGAAUAAUAGUUUGUGGCAGCUCUCAGGGCAGCUAAAUGCUGCUAGUCUCUAUGCCUACGGCAGUCACCACCUACCUGCUGCUUUCAAUGACUGUCCUUGACUCCCCGUCACACACACACCUGGAAAGAAGAAUUAAUUUCUCCUUCCAGGAGUACAUGCAAAGUGCAGCAUAAUCCCAUCGUGACAGAAGGCAAUAAUAGUUUCACAAGAGUCACAUUUUCCUUAUUUUGUUGCUUCCAAACAAGUUCUUAUGGAAGCACAGGUCAGAUCAAUUAAAUGAUUAAGCCAUUGUCCAGACACUGGAAUGACUACAUAAUGAUUGUCCAAGUAAACAUAGAAGACAGAACUCAGUGUUAAACUAAAUUAUUGUAAGGCCAAAACAAUGGCAGUAUAGGCUACUGUAUAUGAGCUGAUAUAUUAGCAGGCCCCAAUGCUGGUGGAGUGGCAUGGUCGGGGGGGGGACCCCAGAGAGACCCACAUAAUUUGUACUUGCUUUACCCCUGGUUUCUUGGAGCCUGUGUCCGACAGUAAAAACAUAGAGUAGUCUGCAAACAAAAUCCAUACAGAUAACACAUAACUGAGCUCAAACAUAAUUACAUGACAGGUACUGUUUAAGGCAUAGAAAUAAAUGUAGGAAGAAAUAGAUGACAUGACAACGUGAUGAGGCUGUAGACUCUCAAUAUGUAAUAAGAACACAAUUUACUGUACAAAACUUAUCUUUCAGGUAGCGAUGUGCGUGGAGUCUCAUGUUAUUGUUUUAGUUUUGGUUCUAAUUUUAUUGCCAUGUUUUGGUUUGGUUUUUGUUUCACAAAACCAACGUCAAGUGUUUUGGGUUCAGAAUUCAGAUUUAAAGUCAGAACCUGGGGUUUUGGAAUUCUUGAAAAUGGAUAAAAACUGUUAAAAUCGUGUAAUUUUGCAAUCUAAAACCAAAAAUUUGGAUUUCAAAUCCAUAUUCCGAACCGCAGGAAGAUUCGAAACACAACUCUGUUCGGAUCUCCUCAGCAGAUCCGAAUCAGGACUUGGUUAGUUUCAGAUCCAAAAUUCUGGCGGGUUCAGAUUUCUAAAGAACCAAACCACACAGCUCUACUUUCAGGUGACAACUAAAAAUAUAGUGACUAAAAUUCUAAUAAAUACAUAUCAUUUUUCAGGAUUUAUUAUUUAUUUAAUCUACAAAUAUGCUACACCUUGCCAAUAUGCUAAACUUGUUACUAAGGGUUAUUAUACUCCUAUUUUAAGUGCUUAUAAUUUUCUUAUGUCAUUUCUUGCUGACUAUAGAGCAAACCUACAGUAUGUAUUUUCUGUGUAUAUCCUGGAUUACAAUGACCAUCUAUUUGGAUUGUGUAACAAAUAAGGUCAGCUCAACAUUAACUGAUUGCCUAUGUAUUGUUGUAUGUAAUCUGCAUAGAAAGUCUAGCAGUAGUCUUUUGUUUUAUUGUAUAUUAGAAUAUUUAUUUUGUUAUUUGAAACAAUAAAAUUUAUUUUACAUCUUAAA